GGAAGUGUUUCCUCAAGCUCGUUUAGCCAACUGCUUUCAGCCAGGUAGCUUAGCUGAGCUUGUCUCAAAGUUUAAACGUUGUUAUCGCCAUGGGGUUGUUCGGUAGAACACCUGAAAAACCACCAAAAGACUUGAUCAACGAGUGGUCUCUAAAAAUUAGAAAGGAAAUGAGAGUGAUCGACAGACAAAUUCGAGAUAUUCAAAGAGAAGAAGAAAAAGUGAAACGAUCCAUCAAAGAUGCUGCCAAAAAAGGCCAGAAAGAUGUUUGUGUGAUCCUUGCAAAGGAGAUGAUUCAGUCAAAGCGGGCUGUUUCAAAACUUUAUGCCUCAAAAGCUCAAAUGAAUUCUGUGCUUCUCAGUAUGAAAAAUCAACUUGCUGUGGUUCGUGUAGCUGGGGCCCUGCAGAAAAGCACAGAGGUCAUGAAAGCCAUGCAGAGUCUGGUCAAAAUCCCAGAGAUCCAGGCUACCAUGAGGGAAUUAUCUAAAGAGAUGAUGAAGGCUGGAAUCAUUGAGGAAAUGCUGGAAGACACAUUUGAGAGCAUGGAAGAUGGAGAGGAGAUGGAGGAAGCAGCAGAGGAGGAAGUUGACAAGAUCCUCUUUGAUCUUACUGCAGGUGCCCUUGGCAAAGCUCCAAGCAAAGUCACAGAUCCCCUGCCAGAAGUGCGGCCCGCUGCAGCAGCUGCUGCCUCAGAGGAUGAGUCAGAGGAGGACAUCGAAGCGAUGCAGUCAAGGCUAGAAGCUCUGAGGAGCUAAGCUGAAUCGCUCCUAUUAGUCAGUUCACACGAGGACAGAGACAAUUCUGGUGCAAUGUUGACAGUACUGAACGCCCCCUGCAUCAUUCUAUAUUUUCACAUAAUCAUUUGGGGUUAACAUUGUGCUCUGAAGGCGUUAAAGUUUUUGUUGUUUUAACUGCAUAAGAGAAGGUGGUUUGUUUUUGUUAUCUGGGGUUGCUCUAGGUAUGUCUUCAUUAUCCAAAGUAAAUCAGAAGGUUAAGAAAGCUGUAUAUAAUGUAAGUAUGAAAAGCCUUCUGUGCCUACUGUGCUUAUUUCUUCUUGUUUUAUCCUAAAUGUCUGGACUGUUUUGAAGGUAUAUGGGUAAUAAUGGGUCAAACAAGUGUAGCUGUUGAAACAUCUUGUCAUGCAGUAGAUUACCAGUCAGCAGUGGUAUUACCUUUUUAUAUGCAACUUCUGUUUGGUUCAUCACUAAAUAAUUUACAAUAUCUGAAACACUAGAUCUGACGAGCAGAUUUUGCUUGUGGUGUUAAUUUUCAGUACAGUCAGAAUCUAUUUGUUCUGUAUGUGGACAUACAUGUUAAGUACACUUCGCAUAAAAUGCAUGCGUACUGUUUUUUUCCCCCAUGUUUGCGUUAACAUUCAGCUUGUUAAAUGCUGCUUCAUACAUCACAUUUGAGUUCUUUAUCCAAAUAAAGAUGCGGAGGACAUCAAAAAAAUGAUUACAGGAGAAUCUAUGUAUUGUUGAGUAUUGUGUGUACUAUUUUUCUAUGUUAAUGAACAGAAAAACUAAUAAAGUUUUAAUGAAA